GUCUGGAGCAGGCAUUUAGCGGAGAGAGAGAGAGGGAGAGGGCGAAAACCCUAGCUCGGAACUCAUUUUGUCAGAUUUUCAUCCUCUCUGAGUAUUUUUGAAGAUAGAAUCUCUUCUAGUAGCUAGAUCGUUUCGUAGAGAUCGGAUUUUUUGCAAUUUUUGGCGAUUUUCUCAGCAUUAGGGGCAGAGGAAGGAGCCAAUUCGAGGAAGUUUUCGUCUCUGUAAGUCGAGGGUUCUUCGAAGCUUUGAACGAGGCGAAAUCGACAGAUUUCGACGGUCUUUCGAGGGAAAACGGUCGAGAAAGGCAGAAUGCUGGAUUUUGUCGUUUCUGAUGGCGAGAAAGAGAGAGCUUCUUUAAGUUCCUCAGAUCGUGAUGGAAAUUGAAAGGAAAUUGCUGAGAGAGGUGGAAAAUCUCUUUUCCUUUGUCUGAAUGUUUUAAAAUCGCUUAAGAAAGGGUUUGCGUUUUCCACAACGGCACUUCUCAUUUCUUUUGGCGGGCAACGAGAUCAAGACUGUGAGGAUGGUGCCGUUUGAAAAGCGUGAGAAAGAUUGCUUGUUUGAGGUUAUUUGAGGAAUUCCGGUAAUUUCACUUUAGAAGGUUUGGGUUUUGAAUAUUUAAAAGGAGUAUUUUGUGUUAUAUCUGGAAAAAACAAGCAAGAGAAGAAGAUUGUUAGAUUCUCUUUCUUUCGUGUGUAAACGGGAAAAAUAUGGCAACUGUCUCGCAGAAACUUGAGUACAUGGAGAGAUCUCUUGCUUUCAACCCCCUUUAACUCUCACUGUAUUAAAAAAAAAGUCUGUUAAACAAAAGAACUCUGUUCAUGAAAGCGGGUGAAGUGAUGGGCUGUCUGCUACUUGGUUCAACGGGACCACCAAUAAAACGGCGAGCAGGACUCCGUAGAAAGCAAGCUGGGCGAGGGUCAUACAGAGGUAGCUAGUAGAGUGUUGUGUGUUGACUUGGCAAUAUCGUUUUCGACAGCGUUGGGCGUGUUUGUUCUCUCAGCAGAUGGGAAGUGCUACUACACUGAGGCAGUUGCUGAGGAGCCUUUGCCAUAAUACGCUAUGGAAAUAUGCAGUUUUUUGGAAGCUUAAGCAUCGGAGUCGGAUGCUACUGACAUGGGAGGAUGCAUACUGUGAUUUUCCAAAACCGAGAGAUACGGUGCAACAUCUGCCUGACAAUGUAUGCUUCAAUGACACAACUUUUGGCUCUGAAAUAGACGAACGCAGUUUAACAUCUGCAGCAUAUUCAAUUGGACUGGCGGUGGUGAACAUGUCGUGCCUUCUAUAUGCACUUGGAGAAGGGAUUGUGGGUAAAGUGGCAUUCAAUGGGAGACAUUGUUGGAGAUUUGCUCAUGAAUUUAGCUCUAAAUUGGUGCCUGAGUAUCCAGAAGAAUGGCACCUUCAGUUUGCAGCUGGUAUCAAGACUAUUUUGCUUGUUCCUGUGGUUCCGCAUGGGGUUGUGCAACUUGGCUCCUUAGAAACGGUGGCAGAGGAUCUGACUCUGGUGGCCCAUAUCAAGGAUUUAUUCAAUACCCUUCAAAAUGUUUCUGGGGAUUCUUCACCCUUCACUUCAAGCGGGAGUCUUCUUGGUCCAUCAUCGUUUCCCUCUCCUCUCUUUGGGGACUUUGCCAUACCAUCAGCUAUGACCAGUAACCUGAUGAAUCCAUCCCAACUGGAACUGUUAAUGAGCAAUGACCCAUUGAUUCCUGAUGUGGGUCCAGUAACGGUGGACGUAAUUUCCACUAUCAAUCCCAGCCUUCCCCCACUCAUCAUGGUUCAAGAUAACCUUCAGGCCCCACAGAAAACCAUGCAGCAUUUGCUGGGAGCAGAGUCAAAAGGCAGUUGUAUAGAUGGAAAUGCAAGGGAGGCGAUGCAUGGUGUUAUGUCGGCAAACUCAUCUGUAAUACCAUACGCUCAAAACCAGUUCAUGAAUCCCAACCAUAUGGAGAUGACCGUUAAUGACAUUUCUGCCUUUUCUUGUGUCGAGGAAGUAUUACAAAUUGCCCCUCAUUGCGAUGCUGUUAAUCCACGAAUAUCUGUGGAACAACCAAGCAUGUUGGAUUCUUACCAGUACCUGAAGGAUCCGCUGAAGAGAAGUGGUCAGGAUAUGAAUGCAAAUUCAGCUAAAGGAUAUGAUUUUUGUUCUUUAGGACAUAUAGUAGAUCAACCAUUUGCAAACAUGAUUGCUGAGGAGAUCAGCCAUAAAACUGGAAGUGACUUUUUAAGCUUCCCUGCUGACUCUGAACUGCACGAAGCACUUGGGCCCAUUUUCAGGAAGGAAUACGAUGUCUGUGAUUGGGACCCUGCUGUUUCAGGGGAAGAUGGAUGCAGCAGCUCGAGUCUGUUCUGCCAAACGGAUGGAUGGUUUUUGAGAGACCACCAUGAUGAAGAGCAUCUCUUGGAUGCAGUGGUUGCCAGUGUAUAUGGUGCGUUAGAUGAGAAUGUGCCUAACAGAUCCAACAACAUCAGAUCUCCUAGCAGCUCAUCAGGACAGCUUACCAUCUCUUGCCAAACACAGAGCCGAUCCGAAGGUGGUGUCUUGGCAGGAGACAAUUCCAGUCCAUGGAGCGUCAGUAAGCCUGGAUUCACUGCUCGAGGCGAUGGGUUCGCAGGUUCUCCAACUGGGUCAUCAUCGAGGACCACAAGUGUACUGAUCGAUGAUGGGCCACAAAAAAUGGAACUGGGAUCUGUCCAGUCUAAGAAGGGCAUGAAGGCCUAUCAAGGAAGCAAAAGAAAGGCCAGAGCUGGUGAUUUUCAGAGGCCAAGGCCAAGGGACAGACAGAUGAUCCAAGACCGUGUUAAAGAGCUGCGUGAAAUUGUCCCGAAUGGCGCAAAGUGUAGCAUUGAUGCACUAUUGGAACGGACCAUUAAGCAUAUGCUGUUCUUACGUAAUGUUACCAACCAAGCUGAGAAGUUGAAACAAUGCAGGCAUCCGAAGCAGGUUACUGGUGACGGGAAUGAAAAUUCAUCGGUGCCUCCCCAAAGACAGCAGAAUGAUGGCACGUGGGCCUUUGAAUUGGGAAGUCAAUCUGGAAUCUGCCCUAUAAUUGUUGAGAACCUGGACCAACCUGGGCACAUGCUGGUGGAGAUGCUAUGCGAGGAGCACGGACUAUUCUUGGAAAUUGCCCAGGUCAUCCGCCAUUUGGAAUUGACUAUCCUGAAAGGAGUUAUGGAGAGCCGGUCUGACAAGAUAUGGGCACAUUUCAUCGUCGAGGCAUCUAGAGGCUUCCAGAGAAUGGACAUCCUUUGGCCCCUGAUGCAGCUACUACAGCGCAACAGCAAUCCCAUCCCAAGCAAGUUCUGAUAAGAUUGAUAAUUUCUACUACAUCUGUGACAUUUUAGCUUGUGUGAUUUAGAGAGAUAAAAAUACUCGAGUUAUUCUUUUUAAAAACGUGCUUGGCAUUUUACUUCUCAGAAGCUCAUAUCUUAAGUUACAGCCAAGAAAAAACCAACUGAACUUGUAUUGAAACUAGUAGAUUUUACACCAGGUGAUA